AUGGGGCCGCCGGAAGUGCGCUGCGGAACCGGAACCGGAACUCCGCUGCCCACGAAGACCCCCCCGCCCCCCCCCCCACCGCCCGACUUUGAUGACUCCGACUAUGAGGACCACUGCAGCCCAGGGACGACCCCACAGGCGGCAGUGGGGCGGCAGCAGCGGCUGUGCAGCGCCAGCAGUGAGGAGGAACUGCCGGGGGACGGCCAGGAAACGCAUGUGGGCCCCACAGAUCCCAGCGCCGACCCCACAGAGCUGCUGUGCACCCCCAUCUGGGCCGGCUGGCUGGACAAGAUGGCGCCCCAGGGGCACUACCGCUACCAGCGCCGCUGGGUGACGUUGGACCCCCAAUACCUGCGCUACUUCGACAGCGACAAGGAUGUGUUCUCGAAGCGCUUCAUCCCCAUCUCCUCCAUCAGCCGCGUGGCGCCCAUCGGGGAGCAGAAGGUGGAGGUGCUGACGCAGCACCGCGCCUUCGUCUUCCGCGCCGACAGCGACGCCGAGCGCUCCCAAUGGCUGCGGGUGCUGCAGCGCGCCGUGGCCGAGCAACAGGAGCGCCCCCCGCCCCCCACGUGGCCCCACGGCGACCCCCCCCCCGGCCGACCCCAUUGCCGCCGCCGACAUAACCCCCCAUUCAGCUUCGCAGCGCCGUCGGCGGCGUCGAAGCAGCGGUGGAUGGCGGCCAUGCGUGGGGCGGUGGCGGCGGCGCUGUCCCAUUCCGGGGUGACGGAUCGCAUUUGGGGGGCGGAACCCAACCGGAGCUGCGCCGACUGUGGGGCGCAGAGACCCACGUGGGCCUCCAUCAACCUCUGCGUCGUCAUCUGCCAACGCUGCGCCGGGGAGCACCGCGCAAUGGGGCCCAAUGUGAGCAAAGUGCGCAGUUUGGAGAUGGACCGCCGCGUGUGGACGGAGCCCCUCAUACAGCUGCUGCUCCGGCUGCACAACGGCGCAUCCAACGCGUUCUGGGCGGCGCACGUCCCGCCCAGCGAACGCAUCGCGGCGCGGAGCUCCGCGUCGGAGCGCCGCCGUUUCCUCACGGCCAAAUACCGCCACGGCAAAUUCCGCCGCUUCCAUCCGCUCUACGGACAGCCGGAAGAGCUCAAUAGGGCUCUGUGUAUGGCCGUCACCACCAGCGACGUGGCGGAGACUCAGUCCCUCCUCUUUUGUGGGGCCGACGUGAGCUGCCCUACAGGCGACCCCAAAUGUCCGACCCCAUUGGAUUUGGCACAGAGGAGCGGCCAAAGGCUGCAGAUGGAAUUCCUACAACACAACCGAACGUCGGAACCGCCCUGCCCGGAUUUGGGGUGCGCCGCGGAUCGGCCCUAUUCCCGUCUGCUGCCCUCCGUCACUCACUGCGGCUUCCUCUAUAAGACCCCUUCCAUGGCCAAAGCCCUCAGCGAGAGGAAAGGGCAGGAAGAGUUCAGCCGGCGGUGGUGCGCUCUGCAGGACGGCGUCCUCAGUUACUACGAGAGCGACCGCAGCACAGCGCCCAACGGCCACAUCCGCGCCCCCGAAAUCGUCUGCCUGGCCCCCAACCCGCCCCACAGCCACGGCCUGGAAUGCACCUUUGAGGUAUACACGGACUCGGAGCGGCUGUACCUCUUCGGCUCCGACAGCCCCGAAAGCGCCCGCGAAUGGCUGCGCUCCAUCGCUCAGUCCUUCGUCCCGCCGUGCGCCGAGGAGCUGCUGGAGCGCCACUUCGAUCGCCUCGGGAGGCUGAUGUAUAAAGGGGGGCUGAGCCUGGAGACCCCCCAGGAGGGUUGGUUUGCUUUGGUGGGUUCCGUGCUGUACGUCUGCUCCGGGGAUGGGGAGAGGCACGAAGCCGUGCAGCUCAGGAAGCUUCAGGAGCUGUCCAUCCAAGGGGACAAUGAGGUGUUGGUGUUGGUGGAGAGGAGGAGGUAAAGGUGGAGCUGGGAAAGGGGGGGGGAGAAUGUGG